CGCGGGCAGGAGGUGGCACACUCUGCCGACGUCUGCCCGCCGCUCGCGGGCCUGGCGACCUUGGGCACGCGCCUGGUCGAGUGCGCGUAGCCUGUCGCAGCGUUUUGGAGAUGCGUUGACACCCCGGGCCCAGGGAGCUGUUGUUGCUAAUCUAGGGAUCUGCCUGGACAAACGGGCUUCCGGUAGAGUGCGUCUUAGCUGCCGUGAAAGUUCCUGUAUUGAAAAGUCACUUGCCUGGCUGGUGAUGUGGCUCUCCACCAAGACCCCCCACGGCUGCCCUGCGUCCAUUCGUCCUCCUGAAGAUGCACCCGGACUUGUCUCCACACUUGCACACCAAAGAAUGCAACAUCUUGAUUGACUUGCUUAAGGAGUGUCACAAAAAGCACAACAUUAUGAAGUUUUUUGGUCAUUGCAACGACCUUGAUCGGGAAAUGAGGAAGUGCUUAAAGAAUGAGUACAUGGAGAAGAGGACCAGGAGCAGGGAGCAUGGCGCUGAGAUGCGGAAGAGACUCUCCGAUCUGCCAGAGGAAGGGGGAAGAUAGCUCAUGGUGGCUUGGAGACCUGAAGAUGGCUGGUAGCCGGAAAAAGUCCCUUCUCUUUGGUCUCUUGAACCCUUUUGAGUGAAAAGUGAUCCAUGAAGAACUAGCUCAUGGAGAGUCAUGAGACUGUGGAUUCUCCGUAGUUGUUGAGCAAAAGCCUUUUGUGCCGUGGACUGUGCCUCCAAGACAGUUUCCUCUGCUGCUGCCUGAGCCUGUGUCCACCUAAUACUGACUCGUCUCCACAAUAAAGUCAUCAGUGCUGGC